CCCCCUUCCGCGCUCCCGCAGCGCGGCCGCGGCCGCUCCGCGCCUGGCGGCGGAGGCUGCGCGUAACCAGGGACACGCACACCCAGCGCGGCCCCGCAGCUCCGCGCCCAUCGCUUUGCGGCCGAGCCCCGCUAACAAAGACCGGACCCGCACCCCCUGCAUCCCGCUCCAUCCCCAUCCAUCCCCGCCGCGGGAUGUAGCCGGGCCGGGUGCUGGCAGCGAGGCUCCGCCGUGCCCCCGAUGCCCCCGCAGUGAGGCCGGGCGCGGUGCUGCGCGCUCCGCCGGGGCUGCCGGCCACCAUGGGGAAAUCCAACAGCAAGUUAAAGCCUGAAGUUGUGGAGGAGCUGACCAGGAAAACGUACUUUACAGAGAAGGAGGUGCAGCAGUGGUACAAGGGCUUCAUCAAGGACUGCCCCAGCGGGCAGCUGGAUGCCGCGGGCUUCCAGAAGAUCUAUAAGCAGUUCUUCCCCUUCGGCGACCCAACCAAAUUCGCCACCUUCGUUUUCAAUGUCUUCGAUGAGAACAAAGACGGGAGGAUCGAGUUUUCCGAGUUCAUCCAGGCGCUGUCGGUCACCUCCCGAGGGACGCUGGACGAGAAGCUGAGGUGGGCGUUUAAGCUGUACGACCUGGACAACGAUGGGUACAUCACGAGGAACGAGAUGCUGGACAUUGUGGAUGCCAUUUAUCAGAUGGUGGGAAACACAGUGGAGCUUCCUGAGGAGGAGAACACACCCGAGAAGAGGGUGGAUCGGAUUUUUGCCAUGAUGGACAAGAACGCGGACGGGAAGCUGACCCUGCAGGAGUUCCAGGAGGGCUCCAAGGCUGACCCCUCCAUCGUGCAGGCGCUUUCCCUCUACGAUGGGCUCGUAUAGUCCUGGGGCCAAGCGGCGAUGCCUGGGGGAAGAUGCUCUCCGUGCCAUCCGACCACCGCCGCGCCAAGCUUGCCUGCCCCUUGGCCUUGCUCCCUGUUCCGCGAGCAGAGGGUGCCCUCGAAGCGCGAGCUCUCUCCCCCAUCUCCGCACUCCGAACCAGCCGCUGCCAUUCGCCAACUUCUGCUUUUCCCAAUACAAACCCACCUCAGACCCCGGGCUGAGCGGCAGCGAACACCCGAGACUGCAGCACCGGGGGAGCGGGUCGAGCAUCGCUGCAGGCACAGACCCCCCCCUCGGCAUCCUCACCCCCUUUUGCUCCCCUUUUCCUAUGUUUUCAAUGGGACUGUGGAUGCGCCGGCGUUGUUCUCUCCCGGGAAUCAGCUGGCUGGAGAUGGAGCCUAAAGGUACCGGGGGACCCGCACCCCAGGGUGCUGCCUGCGCAGGGCAGGGGAGCCGAGGCACUGAUGGCCAUUGGGAACACACAGCACUGGUGUCACCAACCCAGCCCGGCUCUCUAGGGAUAUAUAUUAUUAUUAUAUUAAUUUUUUUUGGUGAGACAGUAUUGUGCUUUUUUCUCUCUUUUUUUUUCCUCUUUCUUUGGUGGAAAAAAAGUGAGGUUUGGUUUUGGUUUUGUUUUUUUUUACAUGCCUAUCUCCGCAAUGGAUAUCCUUAUUUAUUCGUUGUAAAUGUUGCUGCCGUGUUUAGUCUCUCGUGUGUGUGUGUGUCCGACCACCCAGGUGAUGAUGAGACGUCAGGUUUACAUGCUCGUACACUAUUGCGGGGCACCGGGAGCCUGCAAUAACAAUGAAGCCAAAAAAAUCUGCCUUCCCCCUUUCUCUUCCCACCCCCUGUAUCCCGAGCUCCAUGGGCUGGCUGCUGUUUUAAGGGGGUGCUGUAGCUUCUUCUCCUCUUCCUGUCCCCCCCAUUCCCUGUGUUUUUCUGUUCACCCUUCCCUUUGCAACCUCAGCCCAGGCUCUGAGCAGACUGAGCCAGCUCCAUAACUCAGCUGAGCAGGGCGAGGGAACUGCCGGGCACCAGAACUUCCUCAUUUCCUUUUCUUUCCCCUAUUUUCUCUCUGCAUGAUGAAGUAUUAAUGGA